UGUUGUUCCUCACACAAUCUACUAAGAUCCAAUAAUUCAAUCAUUAAAAAUGGCCUCUUCAACCUAUUCUUUGAGUUCCUUUGUUAAACCAACUGCUAUUACCACCACCUCAAAAUCACUUCUCACACCCCCAUCUACUUUCACACCCUUAACUUCAUCAAAUUCAUCUCUCACAAAGAGCCUCAAGAUGAACACUUCAUUGCCUAAGAAAUCUUUUGCUUGCAAAAGCCAAGCAAAUGAACAUGCUGACACUGAAAAAGUUCAAACAAUGCAUGUGUAUGAGCUCAAUGAAAGAGAUCGUGGUAGUCCUGCAUACUUGAGAUUAAGCAACAAAACUGUCAAUUCUCUUGGUGAUUUAGUCCCUUUCAGCAACAAAUUGUACACUGGUGACCUAAAAAAACGUAUUGGAAUAACAGCAGGAAUUUGCAUAUUAAUCCAACACAUAGCAGAAAAGCAAGGUGAUAGAUAUGAAGCAAUCUACAGUUUCCAUUUUGGAGAUUAUGGUCACUUAGCUAUUCAAGGACCCUACUUGACCUAUCCAGAGGACACUUACCUAGCUGUAACUGGUGGUUCAGGAAUCUUUGAAGGUGUUAAAGGACAAGUGAAAUUGCAUCAAAUUAUUUUUCCUUUUAAAAUUUUCUACACAUUUUAUUUGAAGGGUAUUAAGGAUUUGCCUAAAGAGCUUCUUGGUGAACAUGUUGAGCCUAGUCCUGCUGUUGAAGCUUCCCCCGCUGCUAAGGCUCUUGAGCCUCAUGCUGUUAUUGCUGGAUUUACUAACUAAUUAAUUUAAUUUGGUGCUUUUCUUUUUUGUUUAAUGGAGGAAUAAUUAGUGGGGUAUGAUGAUGGAUUUUGUAAUGAUGAAUUUACUUUUUUGGUUUGUAAUGCUUUGCAUUAUGAUUUGUGGACAAAGCAAAUAACUACCUUUUUUUUUUAAGAUAAAAAUGUCAAAAUUGUUAAGUUAUCCAUAAUGACAAGGACUUAAACUGUC